CAAUCUUUCUGGGAAACCUUCUAUGGAAAAUGAAGCCAAACUAUAAUUUUUUGACAAUACAUGCAUGCCAUUGAUAUGUUAAUUGGUGACAAAAUAAAGCUUAUAGAGAAGUAGUGCAUCCUAAAUACAGUGAAAUUUGGUGAAGGAUCCAAAAUGUUGUGGGCUGCUUUGCUCCCUCUGGGACUGGAGGCCUUGAAUGUCUUAACAGGAACAAUGAAGUCAGAGGAUUAUCAUCAUUUUUGAGAAAUGUGGUCCCCAGUGUAAGAAGCCUAUGUUUUAGUGGGGUGUGUCUUAGGCCCCAUUGACACGGCAGAAUUUACGCUCCAUAAAUUAGUGCAUUCCACAGAAAGAAUUGACUUGUCAAUUCUUUCUGUGGAAUGGCUUUUUGGCAUUUUUUUCCCUCUUGAUCACUUUUAUUUACAUUUAACAUAGGGAUAUUAUCUGGCCCAAGGCUGAAGAUUCCCCCCAUGGUUUGGAGUGGGAUGCCAUCACAAUCUCGCUCCGAUGCUGAUUACUCCUUCCCAGGACAUCCCCAUAUGACCUAUAGCGGGAAUGGGUAAAACUAUAUAGAUGUUCCCAUCCCAAGUAAGAAAUGCUACUUCUAGUUUAUUUUACUAUGAAAUAAUGAAUCUCAUUCAUCUCGUGUCCUUUAUAACAGAUACAUUGAAUGCUCAGGAUAACAUAUCACAUAGCACAUUUUUAUCAUGACUUUUAUGUUGAGGUUUUUAUGUCUUUUUUAACUUUGGCUUCCAAUGUUGCUGUUUUUCAAACUUCAGUUCAUUGGGCCGAUGUAAUCAUAGUGCAGGCCCAUGUAACAUAUUGUAUUGCACUAUAACAUUAUUAGAGUGUACUGUCUCUUUAAAUUUCCAACUGCCAUCCAAUAGCCAGACACAUCGACCAAUAGGAUCGCAGGGUUUUACAAACAAACAACAACAGAAAAUGACAGUUGGUGCCAGUCUGCGAUUGCUCUUCUAGAGUUGAGACCGGCUCCUUAUUUCUCUGCGAGAAGUGACUUUUUUGGACAGCGACCCCCAUCAAUUUCUACAGAUUUUGAGGAGAGGAGGAGAGGCGAGGAGGAGGAGAGGCGAGGAGGAGGCGAGUAGGAGGCGGAGGAGAGGAGGAGGCGGCGGCGGAGGAGAGAAGGAGAGGCGAGGAGGAGAGGCAAGGAGGAGGAGAGGCGAGGAGGAGGAGGCGGCAAGGAAGAGAAGAAAAGAAGAGGCGACACCAUGAGGAAGAGGAAGAGAGAACUGACAACCCUUUAUGAGGAGGAGUGUUCAGCAUCUGCCACCCAGGAGGAGCCGGAGAAGACGGAGGACCAUCCAAAGGAGGAGGAGACAGACGGCGAGCCCAAGAAGAAGAGGAAGCAGACGGAUGACAACCGGAGGGAGACCACUGAUGACGCCAUUCUACAGCCGGAGGAACGGGCCGCUUUUUACAGACUCCUGGACGAAGGACACAUCCAGCUAUUCCUAGGCAGGGACAGCUGCUAUAAGAUCGCGGACAAGUAUCUCCUGGCCAUGGUCCUCAUCUACUUCCGAAGAGCCAACCUGCGUACGGAGGAAUAUAACACUUACUUCUUUCCAGCACUGUUUCUUGCCAACCAGUUUGAAGAGGAUGAGAUGUUUCGACGCGAGAUCUACCCCUGGGCCCUCGGACCGAUGUGGACGGCGAUGAAGACCUGGAUGCUCCACCUGCGGAACCUGCUGCUCCUCCGGAUGAGAUUCCACGCUUGGGUGACCAGAGACACCUGUGAUCGGAUCAUGGCACAAGACCCCGAGUACUGGGCAUGGAAGAGAGAGCGUAAGGAACAUCAUGGCUGGGCCAUACGCUGGUACCGGAGGGAUCCUGGAGAAUACAUCCCGAGAGGCCCAUGGUGGAUCCCUCCCGCCUGCUCCGUCUGUGUCACCGAUCUGCAGCCUUGUGCCGGGGAAGAGAACACCAAGCGAAGAAGGACGAAGAAAGAAGAACAGAACGGAUGAAGACCAAGCCGCCCCAGAUGUAUUCUUAAGGGCACAUUCCCACUUGGCAUAUACGUAGCAUAUUUCACGCUGCGCAAAGUCUGCAGAAGCGGCGGGAAAUACGCUGCGUAUCCCUCGCUCACCA